GUUUCCUUGUCAAUGAGAGAGCGAAUGGGUGUUAAGAUUUAUCAGGAAACUAUUUCAUGGGAUUCGUCGAUUUCUUGUGUAGGGAAUCCCGCAAGCGGAUAUAUUUAGCUUGAAUUCCAUCAUGUAAAUACUAGUGAAAUGUUUAUUUUAGCUCAAACCAAGGGCAAGAUAUACUUAUAGCAUUUAUUCUCAAAAUUAUGUCUGAACUAUGAAAAGUUGUACAAUUCUACACAAAACAAAACAGCGAGCCUCGCCCAGUGUCAUGUAUAGUUUCAGGAGAUUCGUAGCCUAUCAUUCAAGUCUAAUAGCGAUUUGUUCGAUGGUGAUACAAGGAGUCUUAGUAGAAGGUGUACCACUUUGAUCGUCGCCAGUGUGGUCGUCUGCGUGCUCACGAGCGCCGUAUCGGUGGCGGCCGCGGUCGUCUGUUAUAAAGCUUGGACCGCAAUGAACGACGGUUUGCUUAAUACGGUGAGCGGAACUUCCGGUUUCUACAUGUACCCCCAGCAGAGCUUGCCGACCACUCACAAAGACACUCAUAGUUUUGAUUACAUGCACAACGCGCUUACGGUAGAAGGAACGCGCGCUCCGGUUUUGUCGUCAGUGAAAAAUGAUAAAGCUGAAGGAGUGACUGCCGUCUCUCAAUUAUCCGAUGCAGACAAAUUUGACUCCAUUGACAAUGAUCAUGUGGACGUUGAAGAGGAGGAGGAAGAAGAUGACGAUGAUUCUAUGAAUGUUGAUCGAUAUGGUAUCAAAGAUGACAUUGUCACGACAUUAGAUUUAGAUGACGAUGUAGAAUAUGCGGAUAUUGACUCCUUUGAAAUAUUGGAAGCGGAAAACGACGAGGAGGAAGAUAUAGAUGGGUCAGAUGCCAGUGGAGCCGGCGAUCUAGAGACAGGCAGCGGGGCAGUAGGGCAAAGUCGAGAUGGGAACAGUGAACUGAAAACCAGGUCCCGGGUAUCACGAAGUGCAGCAAAACCGAAAAACAAAAACAAAAAGAAAGACAACAAAAACACAAAGAAAAUGACCAAGCUUAUCACCGAUCUAGAAGCGAAACUGACUGCCAUGAACGCAUCCUUCUACAGAGACCUCAACGAGCGACUGGCUGUCCUCAACAACACCUUCUACCAGACAGACCGACCUAGUGCUCACUAUAGCGGAAACACUGGCAUCAAGGCGGCGCAUUUUGAAGCAGUGAAAGCAGACAAGUUUGGUACAGAAAAGGAAGCGUUGCGCAUAUUCGAUAACGCCUCCUGGGUGGAGGAAGCGUCAUCUCCCGUCACGUACAGCAAAGAGAGCGGACAGGCACGUGUCAAGGAGGGCGGCCUCUUUCUCGUGUACGCCAUGGGUGCGAACUCUGGUAACAAAACCGACAAGUAUGUGUCUAUCCAGACGAAGAGCGGGAAAAACGGCAACACCAUCAAACAGUUCUACUGUCAGAACGGCGUGUAUCAGGCUUCUGGCUUAGUGACCAGCCUGCAGUCGUGUUUCGUGCAGGGCAUGGUGAUGCUCAGUGCUAAUGACGUCAUAGAGAUCCACGGGCGACACGCCGAGAUACAAUUAGGGUACGGUACAUACUUUGGCGUGAUCCAACUCAGUAGGAGACUGGCGUCGUGAGGCGAGAACAGAACACGUGUGAAGCAACGGCAGCAAGGGGUUAGAUCGUAUAUGGUGGUUGCGUAUACAGUGUUAUUUAUUGAAUGUGUUCAAAAGGGAAGACAGACGUUGAAAUAGACGCACUGGUUUUCUUGAAACCUAAACUCUAUAGACAUUGAUUUAAGCUUUAUAUGUGUUGCUUCAAUGAUAGUUGGUAGUUAAUUUAUGUCAAUAUUGCCUCAUUGUUUGGAAAUUAUUUAUUAUUCUGGCUGUGUAACUUUAAUAUUUAUUGAUAUAAGCAGUUUGAGUCUGUUAUCAUUGCCAGGAUGUCGCUUUAUUUGCAAUUUCAUGUAUUAUUUGUCAGGUAUGUUUUUUCUAAUUGCAUUACUUACCUCUUUACGUUCUUUUUAACAUAUAUUCAUACAUGACGGUAAAUGGCAUUUUAAAUGAUAUU